AUGAGCCGUUUCAACAGUCUCAACUAUCCUCCCCGAUGGCAAUCCGGGGCGUUCUUCGACCGCGAACUGCAAGUUAUGCACCGUAGAGACUCGGAUUCGCGUGAGCCUCCUCACCAACUUGACCUGCGCUCAAGCGAUAAUCUCCCACCUUGGCGGUCGUAUUCCCAAGUGAGCGCGCCACGCAAUCCUCCAUACAGCGCUCCGCACAGACGGGCUGUUCACCCUGGCUGCCCAACCUGCACCUGCUCGUCACCAGAUUCCCCCACUUCUCGAAAUUCUCGAGAUCCGUGUCGAAGACGUAGGAGGCAAACCCGUUUCGACAGGAAAUCGAGGAACCACGAGGAUACCAGUGCCAGACAAGGACAGUCAGACGGGAAUGGUGGGUCCAUCUCCAUGACCGGUAUUACUGCUUCGGAGAGGCCUCAACUCGGAGAUCGAGAGUCAUCCCUUGCUAGACGGGCGAGGCAGGAAAUAGAAUGGGCGAGACCCGGAGAGACUAACACAGAGGAUGGAGUGAUUCUCGAGAAGAAACAAGAAGGUUCUUCCCCUCGUCAAAAUCCUCAACUCAUUUGCGGCGGCCCUUCGCACGCGAACCCAGCAGCACCGUCUUGA